AUGAAACACUUCCUGAGGAUGUUUGUCCAGGUAUGCCUGUACUUCUACUGCAAAUGCUUGUGGCGCUGCCUGAAGUUUGUGGUCAGGAAACUAACAGGUCAAUGUGAAUUGCAAAGGAUCUGUUACAAUACCAAACCUGGAGCUGCCAGAACUAUGAAAAUAGAGGCAUCCCUGAAAGGUUCAAAAAGCAAGAGGCUGCAAACAUCAGUAAAUGUUCACCCUGAUGCUAUUGAAAAAACAAUAGAUGACAUCAUGGAGCUGAAAAGGAUUAAUCCAGAUAUAAAUCCACAGUUGGGAGUGUCUCUUCAGGCAUGCCUGCUGCAGAUUGUGGGCUACAGAAAUCUCAUUGCAGAGGUCGAGAAGCUGCGCCGAGAGCCGUACGAUUCGGAGAAUCCACAGCACGAGGAGAUGCUGCUGAAGUUGUGGAAAUGCUUGAAGCCGAAUUCACCGCUGAAAGCUCGGAUUUCGAAGCAGUGGUGUGAAAUUGGUUUCCAAGGUGACGAUCCUAAAACAGACUUUAGAGGAAUGGGUCUCCUGGGCUUAUAUAACUUGGUGUAUUUUGCUGAAUGGGACACUGAGAUAGCUCAGCAAGUUCUCACUGAUUCUCUUCACCCUAAAUACAGGGAAGUCACUAAGAAGGAACUAAGCCAACUUAGCAAAGCUGAAUGGGAGAAGAAAAAGUUUGAUAAGGCAAUUGGCUACUCUUUUGCCAUCGUGGGCAUUAACAUAACAGACCUUGUAUACAACCUGCUGGUGAGUGGGGCUCUGAAGACCCAUUUCUACAAUGUUGCUCCAGAAGCACCAACGCUCACCCACUUUCAGCAGACGUUCUGCUACUUAAUGCAUGAAUUCCACAAAUUCUGGAUUGAUGAGGAUCCACUGGACAUAAUGGAAUUCAAUCGCGUCAGAGAGAAAUUUUACAAGCGAACCUUGAGACAGCUCCAGAACCCAGAGAUGGCUCUGUGUCCUCAUUUUGCUGCAUCAGAAAGUUUAAUCAAUAUGUAGUUACUCAGUUGAUUUACUUUGGAAGCACUGUCUCACUCUUGGUUUAGAUCACUGUUAGACCAUCACUAGCAUACUGAAUGACCAUGGCAACCGUGUGCAUGUUUUUGGCGCAGUGUUCAUCUGUUUUUGUCACACGAUCCCCUUAUGCUUCUCUUGCUGGGGAUUUUUCAUUUUAAAUGGGUGCUCAUAUUGCCUCAUUAUGCAGUGUUACCUUCUGAAUUGAUGUCCAGAUAUCAGAGUUUUUCUAUUUUUUUAGACUUUCCUCAUAAUUCAGCAUUGACAAUUGAAUUGUAUUUCUCUAGCAGUGUUUUUGUAUAUGUGGAAUAAGUAGCUGGAUCUUGUAUUGUGAAAGCUUUUUAACUUCUCGAUAUGUUUUAAGAUAACUACUGGCAUUUCAAGCAAAAUGUAUGUUUGGAUCUCAUCUAGAAGAUAAUGUAAUUUAAUCUAAUUCAGACAAACACAUUUAAGUCCAAUUUUCUCC